CUCCCAUUGCAGUAACUUCAUUGUGUAAAGGACAAUGGCUGUUUUUCUGCUUCUUCUCAUUGUUUCCUUUCUCUCAUUUUAUCCCAUACAGGCCACUCAAGAGUCACAUUCUCAUGUUCACAUUGUGUACUUGGGCCACAACGAUGGCCUCAAUGCUUCACUUGCUGCAAAAGUUCAUCUCCAACUUCUAUCAAGAGUCUUUACAGACCCGGAUGAAGCAAGAGAUGCUAUUCUGUACAGCUACAGCUAUGGAUUCUCUGGAUUUGCUGCAUUGCUCAAUUCUACACAAGCUGCCAAAUUAUCUGAAGAGGUCAUAUCAGUAUUCAGGAGUAGGAUGCUGGAGCUCCAUACAACAAGAAGUUGGGAUUUCAUGGGCCUCAACCUGCAUAUUCAGAUGGAACAAUCAGCUGGAAUGCAACUGAAAUUCGGAGACGAUAUAGUUGUCGGUAUCCUAGAUACAGGAGUGUGGCCUGAAUCCCAGAGCUUCAGGGAUGAUUCCCACCUAGGCGACAUCCCGUCGUCAUGGCACGGCACGUGCGUGGCCGGCGAGGAGUUCGACCCGGCCACGGCGUGCAACCGGAAGCUCAUCGGCGCGCGGUACUACCUCGCCGGAUUCGAGAGCGAGGUCGGCCCGCUCAACACCAGCGGCGGCGCCGAGUACCGGUCGCCGCGGGACCGCGUCGGGCACGGCACGCACACGGCGUCGACGGCGGUGGGCGCCGUGUCGCCGAACACCAGCUACGUCGGCGGCCUGGGCAGCGGGGUGGCGCGCGGUGGCGCGCCCCGGGCGCGGCUCGCCGUGUACAAGGUGUGCUGGCUCAAGGACCUCACGGGGCGGUGCAGCGACGCCGACAUCCUGGCGGCGUUCGACGACGCGCUGCGCGACGGCGUCCACGUGCUCUCGGCGUCCCUCGGCUCGACGCCGCCGCUCACGCCGCUGUUCAUGACGAGCACCGAGAUCGGGUCGUUCCACGCGAUGCAGCUCGGCGUGCCGGUGGUGUUCUCCGCCGGGAACGACGGCCCGGACGCCGGGACGGUGCAGAACGUGUCGCCGUGGGUGAUCACCGUCGCCGCCAGCACCAUCGACAGGAGGUUCCCGACGGUGAUCACUCUCGGGAACAACGUCUCGCUCGUGGGAGAGAGUUUCAAUGUGAAUGACACGAAGACGAGAUUAGUAGAAAGUGGCAGUGUCUUCGCGGAUGGGUCUUGCUCACUGGACCAGCUGACCAACGGGAGCCACUCGGCGGCGUCCGGCAAGGUCGUGCUGUGCUUCUCCACCAUGGGCAUGGUGUCCGGCGGCGUCGCGGCGCUGGCGGUGUACGCGGCCGGCGGCGCCGGCGUGAUCUUCGCCGAGACCAUCUCCCGCAGGUCGACCCAGGACAACCUCCUCCUCACCGUCCACGUCGACCUGCGCCAGGGCACCCGGAUCCUCGACUACAUCCGCAGCAGCAGCCGGCCGCCGACCGUGCGCAUCUCCCGGAGCCGGACCCUCAUCGGCAGGUCGCCGGCGCCGGCCGUCGCCUACUUCUCCUCCAGGGGCCCGAGCUCCAUCUCCCCGUACAUCCUCAAGCCUGACAUCACCGCUCCCGGCGUGAACAUCCUGGCGGCGUGGCCGCCCAAGUCGUCGCCGACGGUGAUCCCUCUGGACAAGCGCUCCGUGACGUGGAACUUCGACUCGGGGACGUCCAUGUCGUGCCCGCACGUCUCCGGCAUCGUCGCCGUCGUGAGGUCUGUGCACCCGACGUGGUCGCCGGCGGCCAUCAAGUCCGCGCUGAUGACCACGGCCUACAUGUACGACGACACGUCCGACGUGAUGCUGGCCGGCGGGACGCUGAAGGCGGCGGAUGGCUUCGACGUCGGCGCCGGGCACGUCGACCCGCUGCGGGCGCUGGACCCGGGGCUCGUCUACGACGUCGGCGCGCGCGACCACGUGCUCUUCCUCUGCAGCCUCGGCUACACCCGCGCGCAGAUCCGGCAGAUGGUGCUCCCCUCGCCGGCGCUCGACACGAGCUGCGGCGGCGCCGCGCCGGAGUACGACCUCAACUACCCGGCCAUCGUGCUCCCCCACCUCAACGCCACGGUCACCGUGAAGCGGACGGUGACGAACGUGGGCGCCCGGAGGGACGCCGUGUACCGCGCCGCCGUCGUCAGCCCCCAGGGCGCGCGCGCCGCGGUGUGGCCGCCGGCGCUGGCCUUCUCCCCGUACCGCGACGUCGCCUCCUACUACGUGACCGUCACGCCGGCGAAGCUGUCCCGCGCCCGCUACGACUUCGGCGAGAUCGUCUGGUCCGACGGCUACCACCGCGUCCGGACGCCGCUCGUCGUCAGGGUCGCCACCAUGCCCGACACCGCCGCCAUGGACACCACUAUUUCCACUGGGCCACAGGACUCCUAGUCCUAGCUCAGCUUGUUCUGAUCUGCAAAAGUUGAGAUCUUUUCUGUGGAUUUCUCCGAGUUUGGAGCUCAUUUCUUCGCACGAGUAGGUGUCAGUUUGUCACUGGUCAAAUACUAGCCCAAAUGAACAAAUUUCUGGACGCUGCUUCUACUAUUAUUUACUGCCAUUUUCUACGAUGGCUAAUCAUGCACGAAUUAUUUAUUUAUGUAUGAUGAUGUGAGUGAUUAAAAAUCUGAUGGUUCACCUAGAUCCGUGGGAGCAUUAUUGAUCGAGAUGUGCAGUGCAGCUUCGAUCUGGGGAAGCGAGCAGGGGAAU